GAAAUGUUGUACGACAUUUUUAUCAUUAAAUCAUUUGAGGUAUAGAUAAAGUACAUAAUUGAUACGAUUCAAUUCGCCGACAUAUUAAUUAUUACACCACAUGUGUCAAAUUUUAUAUAAAUCAUUCUUCCUCCCUGCUUUUUAAGAGUCCAAACGCUUUCUCCUCUCGCGUUUUAAUAAAAAAGAAAUAUGUACUGAUGUAUUUUAAUAUAUGAAAUUUUUUUUUUUUCUUUAAGCUUUUUGUUUUUCUCAUAUAAGAAAUAAUAUCAAUUAUAUCAUGUCGGGCGAAUCAGGAAACUCAACUUCAGAACCUACCGUUCAUCAGGAAGUGGUAACUUCGAGUACUCCAGAAGAAAUUACCGAAACCACUAUAACUGUUGAAACAGUGAAAACUGAAGUUCCUACUUCUGUUAACUAUGAAGAAUCACCAAGUGUCCUUACAGAGCAAAGUAUUGUAUUAGAGAAGCCAGUAGAUGGUAAAAUUGUCGAAGCUCCUACUGUAGCUCAGACUACCGAAAAGACAACCUUGACAACCCAUACAAAUGAUAAUUCAGAUAAUUCUAAAAAGGAUAAUCCUGAAAUUUCUGAAAAAUCUAAUAAUGAGAUUAGUGAAAUUUCAUCACAACCAAAGAUUCAAUUCACUGAACAACAAAAACCAGAUCAUUUUAAAUCCGAGGCGAAUUCAUCUACUGUAGAACCUUCUACAAGAAGUCCACCUGCUACGAAAGAAACCAAAGAAGGCGAUUCUAAAAAGAAACAUGUAGACAUUGAUGAACAUUUAUUUAAGCCCGAAGAAGUCGCCGAACGAUAUCAUGUUGAUAUUAAUACUUAUAAACCAUCAGAUUCUAGAGGAUUGAAUAUUAAUCAAGCUAAAAAGUUAUUGGAAGAUCAUGGUCCAAAUAUUCUCUCACCUCCUAAGAGGAAACAUCCCAUAUUGAAAUAUUUUGAAUGUUUAAUGACUUUAUUCAACAUAUUAUUAAUUCUUGCUGGUAUUCUGAUGUAUAUUUUAUUUGCUAUUGAUCCAGCUAAUAAUCAACCCAAUACUUACCUUGGUGCUAUUUUCUUUGGAGUGGCUUUUUUGAACGCAUUUAUUGAAUUUUAUCAAUUACAAAAAUCGGCCGCAAUUUUAGAGUCAUUUUUAAAUAUGAUCCCACAACAAUGUUAUGUUAUUAGGGAAGGUAAACUCACACAAAUUCAAGCAUCUACCUUAGUCGUUGGUGAUUUAGUUUUUGUAAGGAUGGGAGAUAAAGUUCCCGCAGAUUUAUUUAUAUUUUCAGCAACUGAUAUGAAAGUAGAUAAUUCUUCUCUUACUGGUGAAUCAGAACCACAAGAAAGAGUGAAAACUAAUACUCAUAGCAACCCAUUAGAAGCUACUAAUCUUUGCUUUAAUGGUACAUUGGUAGUAUCAGGUGAAGGUUAUGGCAUCGUUAUCAGAACUGGAGAUCAUACUGUAUUGGGUCAAAUUGCUGGUCUUACUGCAGGGGAAGAAAAGAAUAAGUCACCUUUAGCAAUAGAAAUUGAUAAAUUCGUAAAAAUUAUAGCUACUAUUGCCAUUUUAUGCGGUGUUAUUUUUUUCGGAAUUGGUAUGAGGAUUAUGCCAAAUAAUCUUACUGCCAACGUGGCUUUCGCUAUUUCUGUACUUGUUGCAUGGGUACCCGAAGGAUUGCCAGCUACUGUUACUAUACUUUUAACUAUAGCAGCAAAAAGGAUGGCAGCACAAAAUGUUCUCGUCAAGGAUCUUCAGGGUGUCGAAACACUUGGGGCAAUUACCCUUUUGGCUACAGAUAAAACUGGAACUUUAACUCGAAAUCAAAUGACUGUAACUUAUAUUUGGACUUCCUUAAAUUUGUAUUCUGCAUUUCGAAGUGCACAAUCCGAAAAUAAUCCUUUUGAUCCAAGUGUGACGGGUAUUCAGGAAGUUAUUCAUAUAUCUUCUUUAUGUUCCCGUGCUAAAUUUGAUCGUACUGAUAUUCCAUUUAAUGAACGUGCAAUUCUUGGUGAUGCUACUGAAACUGGUUUAAUAAGAUUUGCCUAUCAAAAUGUGGAUGAUUAUGAUGGACUUAUUAAUUCAUAUCCAAAAGUUUUUGAAAUUCCUUUCAACUCUGAAACAAAAUGGGCAUUAACGAUUCAUCAAAAGAAACAUGAUAAGGGUGAUUUAACUUUAUAUAUUAAAGGAGCACCAGAGCGAGUUCUUAGACUUUGUUCUACGAUAUUAUCAGAUAACGAUGCAAUUCCUUUAACUGAUGAACAUAAAAAAAAAUAUGAUGAAAUGUAUGAGUUUAUGGCUUCAAAAGGACAUCGAGUUUUGGCUUUUGCAAGAUUAUUGUUACCAAGUGAUAAAUAUCCUGAAAAUUAUGAAUUUAAAAAAGAAGAUAAAAAUUAUCCAACUGGAGAUUAUUGUUUUGUUGGAUUAUGUUCACUAGAAGAUCCUCCAAAACAUGGUGUUCGUGAAGCUAUUGGAAGUUGUCGUCGUGCUGGUAUUAGAGUAAUGAUGGUGACUGGGGAUCACCCUUUGACCGCCGAGUCAAUUGGUCGAAAAAUUAAUUUAAUGAUAUCAGACACCAAACCUCUUGUUGCUAAAAGAACUGGUCGACCUAUUGAGUCAAUUCGUGAACAUGAAUAUAAUGCGGUUGUAAUUCAUGGUGAACAAAUAGAUUCUUUAAGUGAAAAUGAUUGGGAUACCAUCUUUUCUAAAGAUGAAAUUAUUUUUGCACGUACUUCUCCUUCACAUAAACUUGAAAUUGUUAAACAUGCACAAUCCUUAGGUCAUAUUGUUGGCGUGACUGGUGAUGGUGUAAAUGAUUCUCCCGCUUUGAAAAAAGCUGAUUUAGGAAUUGCUAUGAAUCAAUCUGGAUCUGAUGUUUCUAAGGAAGCGGCUGCUAUGAUCUUAAUGGAUGAUAAUUUUGCUUCUACAGUAAAGGGUAUUGAAGAGGGUCGUCUCAUUUUUGCAAAUCUUAGAAAGUCUAUUCAAUACACUAUUUCUCAUUCAACUCCAGAAGUUGUUGUUUCAUUAUUAUUCGUUGUAGUACCCGUUCCAUUACCGUUAACACCAAUCCUUAUCUUAGUAACAGAUUUAGGAUUUGAAUUAUUUUUAGCUCUUACAUUCGCUUGGGAUAAACCUGAAAGCAAGAGAGGUCUUAUGAGUUUACCUCCUAGAAAGCCUGUUACUUCUAGUUCAAUACAACGUGUGCGUCGUAUUGCUCUUAACCGUACGCCAACCGUUAGAGAUUCAGAAGGUCGACCCAUACCUCCUUCAAAGCUUUCAAUUUUCUUGCACAAUAUGAAAAAACCUUUUACAGCAAGUUUUUGGGCUGAAUUAUUUGAAAGUACUGAUGAAGAAUUAUUAGUUGAUGGAAAUCUUCUCUCCUGGGCAUAUUUAGAAAUUGGUGUUAUAGAAGCUAUUGGUGCAUUGGUCGCAUAUUUUGUUGUUUUGAAUCAUCAUGGUAUUACUCCAUAUGAUGCACGAAUAAUGCAACAAGAUGUACCUGAAAAAUAUUAUUUUACAGAUAGAGCAGAAGAUUAUACAACUAUUCAUAAUCAAGUAAUAACUAAGGAUCAGCAACUUACAGCUUAUUUCGAAGCACAAUCUAUUGUAUAUUUAUCUAUCAUGAUUCAACAAAUAUUCAAUUUAUUUGCUUGUAAAGCUAGACACCGGUUUCCAUUUGGUAAAUUUAUGUUCUCAAAUCCUCGCAGUUUUAUUGGAAUAUUUUUUGGUGCAGGAUUGGGCAUGUGCAUUGUGUAUAUUAAACCAUUUAACGUUGCAUUUAAUACAAGUUAUACGCUUAGUCCUUUAUUUUGGUUAAUUCCUAUUGCAUUUGGUGUAUAUAUAUUGAUUCAUGCUAGUAUUAGGAUACUUCUUUUAAGAAAGAUGCAUCCAGUAAGUUUUAAUCCAGAAAUAAUAGGAUUACAGAUGCAUCCUACUGUACGUUCUGUCGAAAGAAAAGCCUAAGAUUAUCUUAAAAACAUUAAAGUUAUGUUAUUUUAUUAUUGUUACUACUACUAAAUUUAUAAUUGUAGAAAGAAAGAAAUGUAUUAAUUUUUUAACUACGUAUUUUUUAAUAAAAAUUUUAAUUGUCUUAAUUGUCUUAAUAAUUUAAUAUCAUUUUACUAAAACAAAC